AUGGUGAAUUCCGUUUCCACCAAGAAAAGAAAGACAAAACCAGCAGUCAUUACUGCCGAUUCUCUACCGGGAAAACCUAUAAAGCCCAGAAUUUUCCAGCCUUUUCGUGCUAUCGGCUAUGUCACUAACGACGUUCCGUUCACCCUUCAAGGCAGGGGAACCGCCUUUUUCCUCACAACCUGUGUUGGCAACAGUUUUCAUAUAUAUGAUUGCACAAAGUUGAACUUGUUAUUUGUAGGGCCACAAACAGAACUCCCUAUUACGGCAAUGGCUUCUGCUAAGGAUACUACUUUCGUAGCUUGUUCCAAAGAGAUUAUUCUCUUUAAUAGAGCUAAAGAGAUUAGGCGAUUGACUAGCAAAAAUCAAGGAAAUAUUUUUUCACUGACGGUGUUGGGUCAUUUUCUGAUUUCUAUGAGCGAUAACAACAAAAUAACUGUGUGGAAUCAUGAAACUGGAGAGCUUUACACGGAACUUGAAUUUGUCGAGAGAUUCACGGUGUCGACGAUUGUACAUCCACACACAUAUCUUGAUAAGAUAUUAGUAGGAAGCAUUCAAGGAACCAUGGAAAUUUGGAAUAUUCGUACAAACAAAUUGAUAUAUUCAUUUUCCUCAUUCGGUUCACCUAUAACAACACUUACUCAGUCCCCAGUUGUGGAUGUUAUCGCUGUUGGCUUACUCGAUGGCACCAUAAUAUUGCAUAAUAUCAAAGCUGAUGAAAGAAUUAAGACAUACACCCAGGAAGAUGAUCAACACGUCAUGGCAACUGCGAAUAUAAGUGGAGAUAUUGCACUAUGGAACCUGGAUCGAAAAAUUUUGAUUCAUGUGAUGAAGGGAGCACACGAUGGAUUAAUUCCUGCUAUUCAGUUUCUUAAUGGACAACCUAUUUUAAUUACGUCGGGUGCCGAUAAUUCUGUAAAGGAAUGGAUUUUUGAUAAUUUAGAUGGGUUGCCAAAUUUACUUAAAUCUCGGAGUGGUCAUCAUGCACCACCAACUAUCAUUCAGUAUUAUGGCACUGAUGGUCAUUGCAUUCUGAGUGCUUCUGCGGAUAGAUCAUUAAGAUCUUUUUCGAUUGUUCGCGAUUCUCAAUCUGUCGAACUUUCACAAGUCCAAUCAAAACAACAAGAAUGGGACAAUAUUCUUUCUUGCCAUCUCAAUGCGAGAUAUGCGUGGACCUGGUCGUAUCAAAAAAAAGUUAUCGGAAAAUUCAAGUUUGCGCCGCGCGAUGGGUCAUAUGUUAAAGCCACGGCUGUAAGUGCAUGUGGUAAUUUCGGGAUCAUUGGAUCUUCAUCCGGCUGUAUAGUAAUGUUUAACAUGCAAUCCGGAAAGCUCCGUAAAACUUUUGCUGGCUCAGAUGAGCAUGGUAAAUCUAUUUCUGGCUUGGCAAGUGAUCCCUUAAAUCGUUUCAUAAUCAGUAGCUCACUUGAUGGUACAAUCAAGAUAUGGGAUUUUACAAGUGCUGAAGUGAUAAAUACAAUUUACAUAUCAUCUCCCGUCACUAUAUUAAAAUACCAAACUGAAAGCAAUCUUUUGGCAACUGCUAGCGAUGAUCUUACAAUUCGUGUGAUCGAUGUCGAUACACGUAAGAUAGUAAGAGCGUUCAGCGGGCACCGAAAUAGAAUUACGGAUCUUACAUUUAGCCAAGAUGGUCGAUGGAUCAUUUCAAGCUCCCUCGACUCAACUAUUCGUACUUGGGAUCUUCCAUCUGGUCAUAUGAUAGAUAUAUUUCGAGUUGAUAGCAUCGCAACUAGUGUCUCAUUUUCACCUACAGGUGACUUUUUGGCGACAUCUCAUGUUGAUAAUGUCGGAAUAUUUUUAUGGGCAAAUCGCGCACAGUUUGCUAGCCUGUCUCUAAGAAGCGUGUCUGAUGAUGAGGUAUUUGAUGUUUCAUUGCCUACUACGUCAGGAAUCGAUAAUGAUGUCGAGGAUGAUAUUGCCAAUCAAACAAAUGGCGAUGAAAAAGAUUUACCUUUCUUCUCAUCCGAGCAAUUAACCGAACAAAUGAUUACAUUAUCAACCUUACCGAAAUCAAAAUGGCAGAAUUUGUUGAAUUUAGAUACAAUUAAAAAACGCAAUAAACCUAAAGAACCGCCAAAAGUUCCCGAGAAAGCACCAUUUUUUUUGACAACUUUACCUGGUGUAGAACCAAAAUUUGUCGUUGAAGAAGGGAAAAAGACAGCAAACAAUGAUAAUAAGAUUGUGAAGUUAAACGAAAUCCGAAUGGAAACAGAAUUUACAAAAUUAUUGAAGAAGAAUGAGGAUUCUGGAGACUACUCGGAAUUCUUUAACUAUUUAAAAACACUCAACCCAUCCGGCAUAGAUUUCGAACUUCGUUCCAUGAACUUGGACAACAAUUUCCAAGACUUGCAAUUGUUCCUGGACGCAAUCGAGUCACGGCUCAAAUCAAAAAAGGACUUUGAACUGUGUCAAGCAUAUUUAAACCAUUUUUUGCGAAUAUAUGGAGACAUAAUUAUCGCAAAUCCGGAGCCAUUGGGAAUAAGAUUGCAAUCGAUUUUGGAAGAGCAUCAAAAAGAGUGGUCGAGAAUAGAGGAAUUGUUGCAGUAUAAUUUGUGUAUGUUGGAUUUUUUGCGAAGAUGA